AUAUUCUUAAAAAAAAAAGGAGGAAAAGUUAGAUUCUUUCUCCCCUAAGUUGCAAACUUUAUUCAGUAUAAUCAACAAGCAAUCCAUCUCUCUUCUUCAUUAUCAUCAAUUCCAAUACAUUUGAUUGAUUAUGGCAGAUAAGCCUAGCAGAGCACUGGUAUUGUACGGUGACGGGUUAGCCCGAUCCAUUGACCCGUCUCAUACCCACCUCCAUUCUUUUACUUCUCGAGCUUGCUGUGGCUUUUUGUCUCUUCCUAACUCUCCUCCUUCAGAAACCGAAGAUGCAAGAAUUGUCAGAGAAUUUGCUGAGCUAGUGGAUGCAAGUGAAGCUUAUCUUGCCCUGAAUGGGGAAGAAUCUUCUGAAACUCAAUCUCAGGAGCAGCAUGUAGCAGCAACCAUAUCAGAGAGGUUUAUGGGGAUGAAAGCAGCUGUUAUCACUGAAAAUUUAAGACUGAAGAGUUUCUGCAAUAAGCUUGGCUUCACCGUCUUAGAGCUCAAUGAGGUAAUUAGUAACAUUAAUAACCAGGUCGAUUCAUCUGCCUUAGCCUCUGAAUUGUUCAAGUUGCUGGGGUUUCAAGAGGGGAAGACCUUAGAGUCCAGCCAAUUUGAUUUGGUUAUUCUUCAUGUUGGAGCUGGUCAAACGACAAAUUGCCUCAAAGACUUGGAUCUUGUCAAUCGGUUGGUUGGUAAUUUGGUGCAAAUGGCACAUCCUGGAACGGAAGUAGGUUCUAGGUUGCACAUGUCAGUUUUGUUGAGCUACGGUGCUGUUCGUGAGUCUGAUGAUUCCACGUUUUCUAUUGCUGACAGUAGACAAGAGAAUAACUCUAAACUCUCUCUUAUUUUCCCUCGUCAAAGUUAUACAAUUAAAGAAGGAAAACCACGACCGAAUGUUAGGCAGCAUUGCCCCAUAUUAGUGGCCCAGUGGCAGAAUGCUGUCACUCGAAAGGAUAUGGCAGAAGCAUAUUCAUACGAGGAUUUCAAAGAGGUAUUCAACCAGGUUCCUUUCAUUGCUCAGAAACAUGCUGACACAACUAAGGAGAAUGAUUCAUGCUCUUCUAUACUUGUAUUCCUUUUAAAGGCACUAGGCAUUUCUAACACUUAGAAUUUCUCCUGAUUUAUCAAGUUUUGUAGAAGAGCAGGCAGAAAUUCAAGAACCUUUCUGCAUGUCUUUUACAAUGUGCAGAGCUUGCAUAAUCCUUAAAUAAUUUGAGCGCCAUUGUCAAUUCUGUUCUGGUUUUAUAGUUACUCGUAGUAUUCUUGAUUUUGCGCGUGAUCUCUACUCGUGUUUCUAUUACAUAAAAUACCUUCAAAAUUUACUGUCGUCACUAGAGUUAUUGUCUGCUACCAUGGAUAUUUCAGAUCCUACUAAUAUUUUGCGCUCUCAUUUUCAAUCAGCAUGGUGCAAACCUUGUGAUUCCAACUGAUAGAUUUCUACAUGAAGUGGCAUUCAAGCUCUGGAAGGCUCCAAAAUACGGAGCAUGAGGUAGAAGUGUGGAGAAAACAUUGGUAAUAGACAUUUCAAUGUCCUGAAUUCAGCUGUCAUUUUGGACCUUUGUUUUGAUGAAGGGGCUAGAUCAUCAGUUGAGAUGUUUCUGAUCACCAGAAACUCCAUACUCUUCCCGGAAUAACUAGAACUAAUAAUCAGUCAACCCAACUUUCAUCGCAUCUCUCUCCCGGUUGUCAUUUCUAACUUAUUGGGUGUAUAAUGUACUCUUUUGGGUGACACAAUCAGUCUAAUUCUAUUGUUUUUUUCCUGAGUUAUUGUGGUGAAAGAAAGUCUCAUUUCUUUUAUAUUGCA